UGUGUGUACAUAGGUCGGGCAUCUAGUUGGCCUGUUCUAUUGUGUGUUCUAAGCUCCCCAGAAAUGGGAACGCAUUCUAUGUAUUUCCCAAAACACCUUGGCCUCUAUGUAAAUUUUCAAAAUCUGUAAAAUAUAACCCACCUGCUGCCGUAAUCCUGUUUGGAGUAUCUCAGGCGGAGCUGCAACAUGCCUUGCAUAUUUAAUCCCGGCUACAUCGGACCCAAUCCGCCCUGCUGUGACCCCGAUUGUGUUGUGGAGGGGCAAUGCAAUAAUUGGGAGUGCGGUCCGUGCGAUCCGCCAUGCGGCUGUUCACCAGGCCCGCAACCAGCGCCAGCGCCGCCGUCGACACAGCCGCAGCAAAGCCAGAAAAAGUGUUGAUACUCCAGAAACAUGGAGGGGAGCUUGUAGCAAUAGAUAAACCAAUCCAAUCCGACAAAAUAUAACAAGAAUUAAAGUUUCACAAAUGAAAUAGAUCGGUACAUACACAAAUAUAUUUUCUUUUGCGUAUUUUUUUGGCGACUUGGCAUUACUUGACUUGAUUUGUGGAUAUAUAUUGCAACAGCGAUUAGCAUAUCGAUACAAACUUAUCAGUAGACUUUGCUAACUGGCUAGCUGCAAAAAUAGAGACAGCCGUAUGGGAAAAGCCUGCAGUGAGAGCGAGAGAAAUAUAUGCGUUAGCUUCAGCUGGAUGAAGCGCUUAUUUGUCGAUUAACGAAACAUUAUCGACACUGAUUUCGGUGUGCAGUAUUUAGGUCAAAGAUGCGAGCUUGCAGCCCUGGCAUAUUUAGUUGUGAAAUUAAAGAACCAACCACGUGGAAAAUCGUCUCAAACUAAUAGAAACUAACAAAUUGCAUCGAUAUAAAUAUGAGUACUGAAAGCAAAAAUAAUGAACCAAAUUAUUAUGAUCGACUAGUACUGUACUAUGAACUAGAAUAUGAAGACAAAUAUGUCAUUAAGGAUUUCAUUUCAAUGUGUGCUCGAUCUGGUAAUGGAAUUCACACAUCGGCGAAUAAGAAUAAACCAGGAACCUUGGAUGUGCACAGCGGCGAGGUGACCGAGCACACAUCAUCAGAUGCAAAGAGUAGCGACUCCAACGGCUCGGAGAGUGACGACUCCUACGAGGAGGACAGUGACAGUGAAGACGACCCCAAUGAAGUAAAGGUUCCGUACAAAGGGAGGACCAAACCAUAUAAGGACUUCUUCGAAGGCAAUGCCUUGUACUUUCCCAAAAAGCUCGUUAAGCAUCCAGUUUUCACGCCUUUUGAUGUGUACCUGGACUACAAGCAGAUCUUUGUGGAGAUGCAGAAGAUAGUUGAGGAGGCUCCCAACCAUUUCAAAUACGACAUUUCCGCGGUGCUGUACCCAGUGCUGGUGUUGGGAUAUCUGAGAAUGGUUAUCGGCGGCAACUUCAAGAUGGCCAAACAAUUUUUGUUGGAGCACGAGGAUUACUUGGAGGAUAUCUACGAUCGGAGCAUCGCUAAGCUCAAGCGUAUACGCAGGCCAAAGCAGGUGUCAGGCAGAGCCCAAGAGCUUCUCUUUGGCGACGACUUGGUACUCAUUGAGAUGCCAAAGGCAGCAUUGAUGAAGCUAUUGGAAUACAUGGCAAAAUGGACGCUAGCCCAUCAGGAGUUGUUCGUGGCCCACAUUGUCAUCGACGGCUUCGAUAAGAACACCCCGAAACGGCUGCGUCUGCCACUGGGUCGUCCCCCCAUAGAGGAAAUCAGUUGGGCCAACUUGACGCACACAACCAACAGCAAUCCGCAAGCGGAGCCGCGCAACAACAAAAUGAGCUCCAGCUUUUUGAGCCCACCUCAGCUCCAUCCAAAGGAUGAAGUUAUUUGUGCGUUCUUCUUGAAGGACGGAUGCUGGUUGGGAAUGGCAUCUACAGAUUACACCGUCCGGCUCGUCUCGGUGAAGCUGAACAAAACCGUGAAACUACUGAACGUUCUCGUCGGGCAUUUGGGCAAAGUCUACACCGGCGACAUAUCCCCUGACAGGCGCUUCCUGAUCAGCUGCUCGCUGGACGGCACCAUGCGACUGUGGUGCUUGGUAUUUGGUGCAUGUAUGGGGAUCUAUAAUCAAAUUAGCCCCGUCCGCAGCGUCGUAUUUGCGCCAGUGGGCAACUACUUUGCCACUGCCUCGGUGGAUGGCCUUGCACGCGUCUGGAUAAACAACUGUGACGAGCCCAUCUUGCUGAUCUCCGGCCACCUGGCAGAGUUGGAGGUUUGCAUCUUCCAUCCGAAUGGACGGUAUCUGGCCACCGGCUCGGCUGACCUCACGGUCCGGAUGUGGGACGUCGUCAGUAGGGGCGAACAGGUGCGCCUCUUCUACGGCCACUAUCAGGCAGUCACCGCAUUGGCCUUCUCGAGGAGCGGCCGCUACUUGGUCUCCGGCGGCCGCGACUCUAUAUUCGUCGUCUGGGACACAACCGAUGAGAGGCCGAUCCGGAGCCUGCUCAACCACAAGGCACCGAUCAGCACGAUAGACUUCGCCAUGGACGACAGUCGCCUGGCGUUGGGCUGCCAGGGCACCUAUCUGAGCAUCUGGAACUUUGACAACAUCCUCAAGUCGGAGAAGUCACGCGAUACACCCAUACUGAUCCUCUCGCAUCCAAACCGAGGUGGACCCAUAUUUAAAACUCGCUUCGUUAAAUGCGGCGUCCUCAUCUCCAUCUGCAGUCAGCCGCCAAAAGAACACCAAAACAGUUUUGGACGAGCUCUCCAACCGAAAAAAAAGACAGGAAAAGGAACAAAACAAAAAUCAUAGAAAGGCGACACAUUUGGAUACCUCUUUCCUCCCUUCCCUUUCACCUAAGUAAUUGACCCUUGACGAGUGUUCAAAAUGUGCAAUUCCUGCUGCAACC